AAAAGGAAACCAGCCUUCACUUGCAACAUGAAUAAUUAUGGUCAAAUAUAUUGAAAAUGGAAUGUGACGGUCCGAGAAAAAUCCCUGUCAUGUUCAGCUUUCCACAACAUAACGGUUUUUGGCACUGAUAAUAACUAAAUACAAGAAGGAUUCAGGUUCUCACGGAGGCGAAUGAUGAUGGCUGUCUUCUGGUGCGUUGCGCCGUUUAAUGUGGUAGAAGCGGUACUUGCUUCCUCAAUUAUCAGGGCUUGAGUGCAAGGAGCUUUGAAAUGGACAAUCUUAUUCCAGACUACAUGGUGCAGGCCUGAGAUAAAGCACGAAAAAACCAGUCAUGACAGCCGGUCUCCGGGACCUCCCGAAUACGAAGCAUGAGUGUUACUCACGACGUUCAGUUCGUAAUAAAUAGAAAUAUGUUUCCGACAUUGAGAUGUACUAACACGUACUCGUCAUUCAGACUUUUGUGAGAUAUAAUGUACGUAUCACAGCACAACCUAUAUGGCAUUGCACCAUGUAAAAUCAUCCUAGAUGCGCAAUCCUUGUGGUAGUUGAGGGUGUUUGUGAGGUUAUGAUUUCUAACCUAAAAAUCCUACGAUUUCUAACCUGUAAAGAGCAAGAGCAUUCUGCACGGUCAACUUUGGCAUAAUGUUUUAUGUCACCUCGAAGAUCAUAUACAGGUGGCAAUGUGAUGUGAUUCCACUCGUAAUAGUGUGUGAAUAGUUUAAUGGAUUGUUUUUGUAUCCGCCUUCAACUCUGUAAUUCAUCACUUUUAAAUAUGAAUUCGAACGUAAUUAUUACAAUGUUGACAUUGUAAUUUGAGUUUAUGUAAUAAAAACAGAAAUGACGCCUUUUUACAGUAUCGGGAGACACACCGUUGUACGGAGUGUGUCUUGGCUUCGAAUAAAACGUGCGUUAUUCUCAACAAAGUUUAUGUAUUCAAAUUCGGUACCUAAAGACCUAACAAGACUUACCUUGGUGCCACUGUUUAGGCAGAUCCUAAUUCCAGUUUGUAACAAUGUAACUUGUAUUGUUCAAGUUAAAUAUGUGCAUGAAGGAGCUGGAAUUGAAAGUGAUAGUGAAUUGGAAGAAGCUGCAGAGGAAGGGAUUGACCUGUACAAUGAAUCUGAGACUUUUUCUUUUAGGAAUAUAUUGUACCCAAUUUCAGAAGAUCCUCUCAUUAAACAGCUGAAUGCUUCUACUUCAGUACAAGAUGUGUUUAAUUUCAUAAAAGGGUAUAAAUGUGAAUUAGAUGGGCAACUUGUGAGCCAGGCUGUCAUAAUUUUAUGGGAUCUUCAAAAGAUUUUCUAUAAAGUGAAUGUUCUGAAUUUAUACCAAAACCAGGUUCUAAGUUCUUUGUUAAACCCAUAUGACAUUCUUAAUAACUAUAUUAAUGAAGUUAGCGGACAUCCAGAUUUUGGGAUGCUUUUGCACUUAGUGAGCCAGUGGAAUGAAGAUAUGUCAGUUGAUGCUCUCACAGCAACAAUACUUUAUUUAAAUAAAAUGGGUGUAGAUGUCCACCAUCCUGUAAUGCAGAAAUUAAUAGAUCGUUGUGAAUACAUGUUGGAGAGCUGUGGCCCAAGAUUUCCUCUAACAGCAUUGUCUCGUUUCACUGUGGCAGUUAACAGUGGGAGAGGACUGUGGCGAGUCUUGGUCUCCAAGAUGACACUGCCACGUAUAUUAACUGGUAUUGAAUCUUGCAACAGCGCAGAAGAGUUUCGACUACUAACAAUAUGCCUUGUCAACAUCUGUCAGCUGGUCAGUAAUUCUGUCUUAAACGCAUACAAAUCCAAAGCAGACUCUCUAGUAGAGAGAGGAAUAAUUACAGCACAGGAUUCAAAAGUUAUCACCAAAGCUGUCAGAUUUCUUAACUACCCACAAUGGUCUGAUCAGAAUGGUGCCAGCACACAAAGACUACUGCUGGUUCUUAAAGGCAGCAUCUGUGGAAUUUCACCAAAGGAUCUUGUAGCCUUGCACAAGGUUUUUCAGACUCACCUGGAACCUGCUGACAUUGUAGAUGAAAUGCAUGACGCUGCUACUCAGUUUUUGUCACAAGUGGAAGAUGAAAGAAUUUCCAGUAAUCCAUUAGCGUUCCAGGUGACAACAGACCUACUGUCUUGUCUGGUAUCCUUCUCGUCUCCAACACAAAAGCUGGCACUUGAGAAACUUGCACAGCGCCAUGUAGAGGGAUGUACACCAUCAUCUUUGCCAACUCUUUUCAAGAUUCUUCGACAGCUUAAGACGUCCAAUGUCAAACUUUGUGAUGCAUUCUGGUCAAGGACCCUUCAGUGUAUGGAGAAUAUUCCAGAAGAGAGAGAAGACUAUAAACUUUUUAGAGUCACUCAUAGGUACAUGCACUUCAACAAUAAUCUUGGUGGAACGUACCGUCACUAUGAGCUGGAGAGGCGAUUGAUCCAUUGGUUGUGGCAUGAAGUAGAGAAUGGUACUGCUGGUGUGAUGCCAUCAAAGUUUGCACGUGUUGCUUCAUUUAUAUUAGCAUAUGGUAAUAUCGGUCAGGCAAGAUCAACCGUUUCUGAAUCCACCCUCACACAGAUGGUGUGCAAAGUAGACGACAUGGCCCCACAGUUCAACAAAACAGACUGCGUGUAUAUUUCAAGAGGACUGCACAUUGGUACAACUUUUGGGUGUCAGAGAAAAGGCAUUUCUUCACGCCUUCUGAGUGUGUUCACAAAUGUAGAUACAGCCAUGAAUAAUUGUGCCCUGCAACAUUUAAAGGAAGAAGUGUUAUCACUUUCUGAUAUCAACAAGAUUACGAAAGCUUAUAUCAACAGGAGAGGAACAUGUGACACACAGCUAUUUGAGCAUUUAAUUAAGAGGCAUGAGAACUUCAGUGGUGCUGUUUCUUCAAGAGGGUUGCGAGACGUUUCAGCCAACUUGCUGGCAAUGAACUGUUUGGUGCCCGGCACGGUAGAUCAGCUAGUGAAUUACGUCGUUGAGAACGGUGACCAUAUUCUGGGUGACACAGUAGUGAAAUUGCUGUAUGUGUGUUACUGUCUGGGGUACACACCAACCCAAACUAAUUCUUUCUUUUCAGUGGCAUCGGGCAUCAUUCUUAGGGAUAAAGAACGAUUACAAGGGUUGAUCUUGAUUCAAGCCGCCAUUGCAUUCUGCUUCUUUCAUCACCUUCCAGAGGAUCUUGUGCACUUCAUCUUUACUGUAGAUUUUCUUGAGAGAUUGGACGAAGAGGUUCUCAACUGUUAUGCCAAGGCGUCAUACCCUGUUCGCGUUCGCUACACUAUGAUGCAUCUUAAUCGCGCCGUUUGCCUUGAUUAUCCAGAGACUGAUAUACCCUGGUUCCAUGAGAAGUACUGUCAACAGACUGCAGCUCUAGAGUCGCCGAAGUCGAGUCCUUUUCACGAUGACGUCCGUCAGAUUUUGAUUUCCGUAAUGGGAAGUGAACAGUACGUCCAAGUAAACAGAUAUUCGCCGUACUUCUAUAGACUGGAUUUCCAAGUUCUGCUGAAUAAGGACAAGGUGCCUGUCACCCUCAGGCAUCAAGGAGACUCAAAUAUUACCAGGAUCGCAAUACUGUUGUGGGGCGAAGACGCUUAUACGAACGGCGUGACGCAGCUGCGCGGCAAGCAACAAGUGAAGCGACGUCACCUGGAGAUGCUGGGGUACAGAGUGAUAGGAAUAAGUUCAUCCGUGUGGAAUUCUAUGUACAUGGCCGAACCGACCGCCAAGACCGAUUACUUGCGACAAAAAAUAUGGCCUCCGUCACAAGAUGGCUUCGUGCAACACCACUACAAGAAAUCGUGACCAGCGAUUUGUCCGUAACAUAGAAAUUGUAUUACUGACCUCAGGAAUAAAUAAUAUAAGGAACAGUUUUCA